AUGAACAGUACUCAGCUUGACGUACCGUUUUCAUCUGUUUUACGAGAUGUAGCCCCGCAAAUAAACUUGGAGCUUGUUCAACUACAAUUUGAUAUUUCCAAUGAAGUACGUGAUCUCCUUGUUGAGAAGAACAUGAUGUUCAUCUUGACAACAAGCGCUGUUUUCCGAAUUGAUCUCAGUGACCCAUUGAGUGUUACACGGGUCAUGUUACCAGGAGAGGUGGCUGACAAUUUGAUUUUAACAAAUUCAUGGCUACAUCUAAAUGGUGAAAUUCUUAUAAUCCAAAUGAAUUCAUGCUAUCAUUACCUUCUACACAGCUCAUACAAUAAAUUCAAACCCUUACCCCGUUUCAAAGGCUUGAAAAUUGAGCACGUUGUCUUUGGUAACUCCACGAACUCUAUCGGAGAUCUCAUCAUCGCAACAAAAGAAGGUAUAGUCUAUGUGGCAUCUGUUAAAUGUCAUGAUCCUGAAACACAGGGAAACAAACGAGACGACAAAUUCAUUCGACAAAUUCACAACAUGAAAGAAAAAAUCUCUGGAAUCAUUUUCCAUAAAGAUUGUUCGGUCCAGAUUUUUACUUCCAGCGGCAGGACUAGCGUAUGGGCAUGCCAGCUGACCACUCUGCAAGAUAUUAUGCAAGCUCUUCGUCAAACCCCAUUAGAAUCAAAAGUGUUGUUCAAGCAGAACAUGGAAUACCAUUUCUAUGCUUCUUCUUCCACGUAUUAUUGCAUAUCCCCCGAAUCCGGAAAAGUACAUUCAAACGAUCUGCAAUUUUAUUUGUCAUCUAGUAAAGUAAUCGAUUGGGGAGAUUACAAUAUACGUUUAGGAAAACUGUCUAUGGUAACGACUGACCAUUACCUUUUGUACCUUUCUGCAGACUCCAGAAAUUUGAUUGGUCUGAGUAAGCUAUUAGAGAGCGCACCUUUGGUGGUACCUUUGACACCCACCGUGGGAAAUGAGUCAGUUUUGGGACUUACGGCCGAGUCAAAUGGCCAGACACGUUGGCUUUUCACGAAUAGUAAUAUUUAUGAGAUAACAGUCUCAAAUGAAUACUUGUCCUUGUGGUUUUCCUUCUACAAAUUGGGUGACUACGACACAGCCUUGAAAAUGGUAGAAUCGGAAAAAUCAAACGAGGCAUGUGCCAUAAGAAACCUUAUUUACGCUAAACAAGCAUAUGAACUACUUCGCGAGGGCGGUUUCGGCGUAGAAGUUUCAGAGGAGUCUUCAACCGAGCUGAAACAACGCUUUGACAGUCUCAAAAGGGGUAUUGAACUACUUGCAAAACUGCAAGAACCUUUUGAGAAGGUAGCAUUGAUGCUAUUAAGUAUCGAUGAAGAGAGAGCCUUUUCUGGAUCUACCUCUAGGGGAUUAUUGAGGGAGUACCUUCUGCUUAAAAUGCAUCAAUCUCGGCAUGGCGAGGAAAGAAUGAAUAAGACUAUUCUCUCGGCUUGGGUCGUCAAAUGUUUUUUACAAGCUAUGCAAACAAUCAACUUACAAUCCAUGAGUGGCAUUAAUUCCGAUACCAAACUCGAGACCCGAACUAAAUCCAAAAAUACAAUCGGAAACUUGGGCAUUUCUUUGCUUUCUUUUUUAAAAGGCAAUCUUCAAUUUGUGGACAAACCCACUAUAUAUGAAUUGAUGAAAAAGGCGCAUCUCGAUGAAAUUCUUUUGAGUUUUGCAGAUUUGUUGCAGGAUUAUGAAUUCAUUGCGCGCCAUCAUAUCGAAUGCGAGUCAUGGUCUGAGGCCAUUCAGACAAUCAGGAAAAUUCACGGUCAGAAGAAUCAAAAUUCGAAUGAAAUUAUAUUGGAGGCCUCUUUUCCAAUGUUGUCCAAAUGUCCACAAGCAACCAUUGACUUCUGGCUAAGUUUAGAUGACUUUGACUUUGAAAUCAUUUUACCUGCUAUCAUACAUUUCAAUCAACUUCAUCGGACACUUCCUUACGGCAAAAACCCGACUCUCACCUUCCUCCUGAAGAUCAUUUGUGAAAAAGGCAAAAGUAGCAUGCUCUUAAAUAAUCAAUAUCUAUUAUUGCUUAUAUCACAAUCGGUAUUUCAUGAAGAAUCAGAGGUCACUAAAGAUGUCAUGAGAACACUUGAAUUCUUGCGCAGUAAUGUGAAUGGCAUAGAGCGAGGCAGGCCAUUUGAUUCCAACUUAAUAUUACGGUCGUGCUUGCGCUUUAAAAGAAUCGAGCCAGCGGUGUCCAUUCUCGUCAAUGAUCUUAAACAAUAUGAGACCGCUUUAAAGCUUGCUUUGAGCAAAGGAUCGAGCUAUUUAGGGGAGCUUGUUCUACGACAAUUUGAUGAAAAUUGGCAUAAUCACGAUGCGGCUGAACUUUCCAAAAAUGAAAGGGAGUUAGAGGACCUUUCAACUCGAAACGACAGCAGUACCAGACUCGAGAAUGAUACUUUAAGAGUCAGGAAAACGUUGUGGUUUGAGUAUGCCCGGUAUUUGAUCGAAAGGGCAUCCAGGGGUUCUGAUCCUGACACACCACCAGUGAAUGAAUAUGAGACAUCUGUAAUUCAGAGUUCUAUUUCUGCCAGAGUAAAAGAAAAAGUACCAGUGGGUGAAACCUCCCGCCUCGGUGGAGUCAUGACUCAUCUUUUCAGCUUGUCAAAGGCUUAUGGUGGUACCAACGAUCUCAUUUCAUUUAAAGACUUCUUACCGUUACUUCCAGAGUCGGUGCUCGUUAGUCAUUUCAGAAAUGAUAUCGUCCAAUCUUUGCAUUACUAUAACCGGCACAUAAACCACCUCGCUUUAGAAAUGCAGGACUCCUCUGUUACUGCGUCAAAAUUGAGGAGCCAAGUUGCUAAAACACACUCUGAUGCGGCAAAGGGCAUUGUUUAUACCAUUAUCGAACCAGGUGAAUCAUGUUGCUUGUGUGGAAACAUUCUUGUGGAGAAGAACAUAUUGCUUUUUCAGAAUUGUCACCACGGCUGUCACAAAGACUGUGCUGCACGGUUUUUUCUACAACUGAACGGCAAUUACCGCUUCAAAAAACUUUUUCAGAACUUCAAGCACUCAUUUGAUCUUGAGCUCAAAAAAUCGCUAGAUGAUUUUCUAACCAGUGCAUGUCCAUUAUGCAAUGAUAGCAAUAUCAACACGUUGGAAGACGAAUCCUUCACUUUGGAAAAGAACAAGGAAGAACUUGCAGACUGGUCAAUUGCGCACGUGACUUUUUCUCGCUCCUAG